UUGCUCCGAGCGCCCUAUUUAAUCCCCGCGACUGCAGCAGCGCCGGCUCCCUCCCGGUCCCCACCUCGGCCCCGGGCUCCGAAGCGGCUCGGGGGGGCGCCCUUUCGGCCGGCGUCGUCGUCCGCCCGCUCCCCCGCGCCAGCCCCCGGGGACCCAGGCUCGCCAGCGCCCAGCCAGGGAGCCGGCCGGGAAGCGCGAUGGGGGCCCCAGUCGCCCUGCUCCUGCUCCUGCUGUUCGCCUGCUGCUGGGCGCCCGGUGGGGCCAACCUCUCCCAGGACGGCUACUGGCAGGAGCAGGAUUUGGAGCUGGGAACUCUGGCUCCACUCGACGAGGCCAUCAGCUCCACAGUCUGGAGCAGCCCUGACAUGCUGGCCAGUCAAGACAGUCAGCCCUGGACAUCUGAUGAAACAGUGGUGGCUGGUGGCACCGUGGUGCUCAAGUGCCAAGUGAAAGAUCAUGAGGACUCAUCCCUGCAGUGGUCUAACCCUGCCCAGCAGACUCUCUACUUUGGGGAGAAGAGAGCCCUUCGAGAUAAUCGGAUUCAACUGGUUAGCUCCACUCCCCACGAGCUCAGCAUCAGCAUCAGCAAUGUGGCCCUGGCAGACGAGGGCGAGUACACCUGCUCCAUCUUCACUAUGCCUGUGAGAACUGCCAAGUCCCUCGUCACUGUGCUCGGAAUUCCACAGAAGCCCGUUAUCUCUGGCUACAAAUCUUCAUUACGGGAAAAGGAUACAGCCACACUACACUGUCAGUCUUCUGGGAGCAAACCUGCAGCCCAGCUCACCUGGAGGAAGGGUGAACAAGAGCUUCAUGGAGAACCAACUGAAAUACAGGAAGACCCCAAUGGUAAAACCUUCACUGUGAGCAGCUCAGUGAGGUUCCAGGUUACCCGGGAGGAUGACGGAGUGAACAUCGUGUGCUCUGUGAACCACGAGUCUCUAAAGGGAGCUGACAGAUCCACCUCUCAACGCAUUGAAGUUUUAUACACACCGACUGCGAUGAUUAGGCCAGACCCUCCACAUCCCCGAGAGGGCCAGAAGCUGUUGCUGCACUGUGAGGGGCGUGGCAAUCCAGCCCCCCAGCAGUACCUAUGGGAGAAGGAGGGCAGCGUGCCGCCCCUGAAGAUGACCCAGGAGAGCGCUCUGAUCUUCCCCUUCCUCAACAAGAGUGACAGUGGCACCUAUGGCUGCACGGCCACCAGCAACAUGGGCAGCCACAAGGCCUACUACACUCUCAAUGUCAAUGACCCCAGCCCGGUGCCCUCCUCCUCCAGUACCUACCACGCCAUCAUCGGCGGGAUCGUGGCUUUCAUCGUCUUCCUGCUGCUGAUCCUGCUUAUCUUCCUGGGUCACUACUUGAUCCGACACAAAGGAACCUACCUGACACAUGAGGCCAAGGGCUCCGACGACGCCCCAGACGCGGACACGGCCAUCAUCAACGCAGAAGGCGGGCAGUCGGGCGGGGAUGACAAGAAGGAAUAUUUCAUCUAGGGGCGCCCGCCCACCUCCUGCGCCCCCCAGGGGCCCCGUGGGGACUGCUGGGGCCGUCACCAACCCGGACUUGUAUAGAGCGACCCCAGGGCCGCCCCUCCCGCUUGCUCCCCAGCCCACCCACCCCCCUGUACAGAAUGUCUGCUUUGGGUGCGGUUUUGUACUCGGUUUGGAAUGGGGCGGGAGGAGGGCGGGGGGGAGGGGAGGGUUGCCCUCAGCCCUUUCCGUGGCUUCUCUGCGUUUGGGUUAUUAUUAUUUUUGUAACAAUCCCAAAUCAAAUCUGUCUCCAGGCUGGAGAGGCGGGGGGCCUAGGGUGAGAAAAGCAAAAAACAAAAACAAACAAAAAAACUGGAGUGUUAGGAGGAGAGUGAAGGUGGAGGGGUGAGAAGCAGUGCUGGUUUGGAGGUUGGGGCUCUCCCAGCCCUCCCUCUGCAACAGAGCAGCUUCCCAGACUUCUCCGGGACCCCAGGAACGAGAGGGUGGUGAGCAAGAGGUGGGGGUGGCUUUUCCUCUGCUCACCACAUACCCAGAGCUAUGAACAGGAAGCAGGUGCCACCCAGACAGCCCUCUUCCAUGGCAAAGAAAAAGGGAUGAAUGAGGGAGUCCCCGAGGAGACGUGACCUGCAGAAGACAUGCAGCCACGCCGGGACCCAGGGCUUCAACCUGGGGAGGACGCAGGUCCCUGCAAGGAAGGGCAGAUUGGGGGAGGCAGGAUGGCAGAGGUGGACUAUCCGCCCCCCAUUACCCCCCAAAUGAGUGAAGCCAGGCCCUUUCCACAGGAGCUGCCCUUGGGGGAUAGCAGAGCACGGCCGCUCGCCCUUGCUCCAGCAGCCGUGGGAGAGGCACUGCUCUGGGGCCUGACCUGCUUCUGCUGCCCCUGCUGCCGGCCCCGGACUUCUACCCAAGACCCUGGACUGUUGCACGGCAACCACCCCUCCCAUGGCAUUGCUCAGCAACUACUCCUCCCACCUUGGCUGCCCCAUGCCCCCUUGCCGGUCCGGAUGCCGCCGCCAGCUCUCAGUCCUUCCCUCCCAGCAGCCAGGCAGACAUAACAACGAAAAUACUAAAAGGAGCUUCACUGCACUGAGCUGUUUCCUGCCCAAACGAAGGGAAUCAUGUGAACUCUGUGUGCGUGUGCGUGCAUAUGUGUGUGCUUGUGCGUGUGUGCAUGGGCGUGUAUGGGUGUGAGAAUGAGAGCAGAGAGAGAGGUUGAGGAGGGCCAGGGGCCGGGGUCCUGGGCAGGUGGACCAGGUUGUGGGAUGCGUGAAUGAGACUUUGGGAGGGGACCUAGCUGGGACCUGUUCCUCAUCCUGGCAUUGUCUAUACCACCCCCAAAGCCCAUCAGUCUUGGAGAAAGGAGUCCCAGGGUGUGUGUUUGCCCAGCUGUUCACCCCAUCUCUCCCUGGGACACAGCAGUCAGCCCCUCCCUGGACUUCCCUCCUCCAAGCCACCGAGUCAGUGCCACAGCCUUUGCUAUGCACCCCUCAGGCCUCUCCCUGGCGCUGACCCUGGAGUGACCUGCCACCGCUUCUCUCUCCCAUAGUCUGUACCCAUGAGUUGAGGGCUGAGUCCCCACCCCUGCUUUUGUUUCCUGUCUUCCUUCUCGUGGCCCCUAGCUGGUUUCCGUGGAGAUGAGGUUACUGGCCCUCCCUGUCCUGGCCAGACUGCCUCGUCUCAGACCCGGGGUGCCCUUGGCAUCACUUUCACUCUCCGCCAGCUUGUCCUCCCCGCUCUGACGAUGGGCGUCCAAAAAACGGGGCAGCCGCCCUCCGGCAGGUCUGCCCACCCCCCUCAGUUCAGGUAAUAUUUGUUGUGAAUCUCCCAGCGCUGGUUAGGGCCCUCGGCACCACAGGCAGCCCCUCACCUGAGCCAGGGACCCCUCCUCUUAGAGCAGCAGCAAGGGAACCCCGGGGCCCCAGGCCUGUCGGUCUCCUUGUCUCCCAGCACCCGCUUUUGGGAAAAUGACUUUUCCUCUUUGAGCUGAACCACUCUGUCCAUAUUACACAGAAGCCAUAUUUGUACGGGGGGGCGGGAGGGAGAGGGGCCGUUGUGCUGUGUGUGUCUGUCCGGGAUGGGGGGUGGGGACGGGAAUAGGGAGGGGAUCGUGUAUCUUUAUAAUCUUUCUAACUCUCCUGUGCUAAUCUCAGAGGGGCCACCCUCAAUAUAUCUGGAUUAUCCGUGU